AAAAUUCUGAACCACCUUCUUGUGAUCUCCUGUCUGGGCCUUACUCAGUUUUUAGGACAGUGCCAUUGGGUAGCAUAGCAAGUGCUGGUGAUCCCUGUAGACUUCCUUGGUUUAUUUUUGUUUUUGUAAGAAAAAAAAAAAAGUGCCUCCUGAGGGUGGAACGCCUACAGGAUGGGAGCCUUGAGGCUGCCUUCACAUGACAAAUCUUGCUAAACUGCCCUUUAAACUGAUUUAUUGCUUUACUGCUUCCUAUAAAAGCGGCUCCCGCAUGUGAGCAGUGCUGACAGGUGGAAGGGCAGAACUGCAGGCAGCAGCUUGCUCCUUGCACAGAACUUCAGAGUAAGGGAAGGAGAGCGAGAGAAAUGGGACGCUACACAGGCAGGAGCAGCAGGCUCGUCCUCAUGUGCGUGGUGAGCCUUGUGCUGUUUGCUGUUGAGAUCUCAGUAGCCUACGUUGGCAAUUCUCUUUCCUUAGCUUCAGACGCCUUCGCUGUUCUCUCUCACUUGGUCUCCAUGAUCAUCGGUUUGUUCGGGGUCAGGUUAAGUCGUGUCAGAUGGCACAAGGCUAGCACUUUCGGAUUCAGCCGGGCAGAUGUGCUGGGGGCUUUUGGCAACACCGUCUUUGCCACCGCUCUCAUGUUUAGCAUCUUCGUCGAGGCAAUCAAGAGAUUUAUCAAUCCGCAGAAGACUGAGAACGCACUGCUUGUCCUUAUUGUUGGGAUUGUAGGUCUGUUCUUCAAUGUGUUCAACUAUGUUAUCUUCCUGGACUGCUGUUAUUGUCAUGCACGCCAUGGAGACACCGAAACAGGUAAAGAACCUAAUGCGGUUGCUCAACGUUCCCAGCCCUCUACAAUUCUGCUUAAUGGCUUUUCUAGAGACUGUUAACUGCUUCUCUGAGAUCAGCAAGUAAAACAUACUUUUACUUUGUUAGCAGUGGUACUGGUCUUUGUGUCUGAACUCAUACAUGUUUCCAGCUAUCACCACAUGUGCUUCUCAGUAAAUAAUAUUCAGGUAGUGUACAUGUUGACUUUCCAAGGAUUACAGUGAUCUACAAGUGAAACUUUCAACCUAAUUCACUGGCUAGCCAAACCCAGGACAAGGUGCACUACCACCCUAAAGAGAUACCUGUUAGGAAAUACCUAAUCCUGAAAUACCAGUCAUGCACAAUCUCCACUCUCAAUGCUUUAGUAAUUUUGCUGUAAUUUUUGUCUAAGACAUAGCUAUCUUUUGAGAGGUGUUCACAGUUUGUACAAAACAAAAUAAUAGAUAAGGGCAAAAGGAGAGCCUCAGCCUUCCUUGAUUUGAGGGUAGAAGACAACUUUCUUGGGAAUAUUUGAAUGCUGACCAAAAAACCUGCAAAUGCAGAGCUGAAGUAUUCUUUGCUGAUGUUUGUUAACCUCUGCUUUGAAGAGGGGCAGGAGAGACACAGUGAUACUCUACAUAAGUUUUUUGCAGGAGGUUCUGUUGAGUGCACAGAGGUUUAUUUAGCCUUUCAGUUUCUUUUUUGUAUCAUAGGAUUUCCAGUUUUCUACAUUUGG